UUCCAAACCAAAAAAGUCCGAAACCAACGACUCCUGUGAGAGACGAUAAUGACCAAAACAAGGUGCAUGCAUGAGCAUUUUCGUAAAAUUGUACAACGAGUUAAGAAGACUCUUAGACUCUCAGCUUCCGACAAAAGUCACGGCGUUGCUGAGUUGGAUGACUUACCGGAAGAAUGUGUCUCAAUCAUAGUCUCUUUCACAAGCCCUCAAGAUGCGUGCGUCCUUGCUUCGGUUUCGAAAACCUUUGCUUCGGCGGUCAAGUCAGAUAUUGUAUGGGAGAAGUUUAUUCCGCCAGAGUAUGAAUCUUUGAUUUCUCAAUCCCGAGCUUUCAAAUUCUUAUCGAAGAAGGAGCUCUAUUUCGCUCUUUGCGACAAAUCUGUUCUAAUUGACGAUGGCAAAAAGAGCUUAUGGAUAGAAAAAGCGAACGCGAAGAGAUGUAUCAUGAUAUCAGCGAUGAACCUUGCAAUCGCGUGGGGGAAUUCUCCUCAGAGUUGGCGAUGGAUUCCAGAUCCUCAAGCUAGGUUUGAAACAGUAGCGGAGCUACUUGAAGUAUGUUUGUUUGAGAUUCGUGGCAGAAUAAAUAGUCGUGUGAUAUCUCCAAAAACUCGUUACUCGGCUUACAUUGUGUACAAGAAAUUGAAUAUAUGUUAUGGCUUUGAGAAUGUAGCCGUAGAAGUUGUAGUUGGAGUGGUGGGGCAGGAUUUAGAAGAAUCUUGUCGAAGAUAUAUAUGCUUUGAUGAGACUAUGGAUGAGCAGUUUCGAAGGAGAGAUAGGGGAAAGAACCUAGUAAAACCAGAGAGGAGAAAAGAUGGGUGGAUGGAGAUAAAGAUUGGGGAAUUCUUCAAUGAAGGAGGAUUAUUGAACGAUGAUGAAAUUGAGAUGGUUGCUUUAGAGGCUAAGCAGCGUCAUUGGAAACGUGGCUUGAUCAUUCAAGGAAUUGAAAUCCGUCCUACGAAUAUCCGGUAA